CGUAAUUGAUGUGCGCUAUAGCUGUGAGUGCUUUGUAUGCAUUGUAUCGCCAUUUGUAGUGAUUGUCAAACAAUAAGUCAAUUAUCAGUGCAAACGACACAAAGAAUCGGUUCCAGUGUUGGUCAACAAGAUGUCGACCCCUCCCGUGCCCUACGGCACACCUCCGCCGCCACAAGGGGUGGGGUCGGGCCCCGCCAUGCCUCCCAUCAACCAACUGAUGAUGAAUUAUGGGACGCCCUCACAGUCGCAGUACUCGCACCCAAUGCCCCCCAACAUGGGUCCGCCCACCGCACCCAACAACGCACCGCCACCUCUGCCCCCCUCUGCCCAACAGCAACAGCAACAACAACAACAGCCACCACUCCUACCGCCAGCACCGCCUCAAUCGCCGCAAUCCAUGCAAACGAUGCAAUCGAUGCCCCCUUUGAAUGGCGAUUACAUGAGUGCCGGCGCCCAACAGUUCCCGCAGAAUGAGAGCAAACUUAACGGACCACAAGUGAAUCAAUUGCGGUAUCAGAUCAUGGCUUACAGACUACUGGCCCGCAACCAACCCAUCCCUGACCACAUCACUCAAGCCAUUCAAGGCAAACGACUCACACCGUCGCCCGUACCGCCCAACCAGCAAAUGGCACCACAGAUGGCACCCCCAUCACCGCAACCCAUGGGGCCGCCCCCUCCACCGCCCCCUCACCAACAGGUCCCACCGCAACAGUGGAGACCACAAACAGAUCCCUCACAACCCAUGAUUAGACCGUCGAUGGGUCCGCCCAAUGCUCCGUCUGUCGGAGCGCCGGCACCACAACCACUGCAGACUAUGGGUGCGCACAUGUCAUCGCAAAUGCCAUCACAAACACCUCCACCGCUGAUGACUCAGUCCAACCAAAUGGCAUCAACACAACCGCCACCUAAUAUGGGGCCCAAUAAUGUCAGCCAAAUGGCAAUACAGAGCUCAGGGCCUAACAAGAGUCCUAUGCCUCCAAUGCCUCCUCCGUCGACUCAAGCCAUUGGUGGGGCCGUAGCGCCGACAUCAAUGAAUGGCACACCAAUGCCUGCUAUGGGCCCCAUUGAGGCGAGUGGUGGUGCGUCGAUGUCUCAGCAACAGAUGAAUGCCUACCAGGGAAUGAUGGCUCAGUUGCAGCAACAGAAGCAGAACCGCGUGACUCCAGUGGCCAAACCGCAGGGCAUCGACCCCAUAGAGAUCCUGAAGGAGCGCGAGAACCGCAUCUCCCAGCGCAUCGCCCAUCGCAUCACUGAGUUGUCGAGUCUGCCGGCGAAUCUGCCCGAAGACCUCCGCACCAAAGCUAUGAUUGAAUUGCGAGCCCUUAGGCUCUUGAACUUCCAGAAGCAGUUGCGACAAGACGUGGUCGCAUGUAUGAGAAGAGACACCACUCUGGAGACGGGUUUGAAUCCAAAGCUCUACAAACGGACGAAACGGAUUGGUUUACGUGAGGCGCGAAUCACAGAGAAGUUGGAGAAACAGCAGAAGAUAGAGCAGGAGAGGAAGCGGCGACAGAAACAUCAGGAAUACCUGAACGCAGUGCUACAACACGCCAAGGACUUCAAGGACUACCACCGCAACACUCUGCUCAAGGUCUCCAAAGUGAACAAAGCUGUGGCCGUAUAUCACGCCAACACUGAGAGGGAGCAGAAGAAGGAACAGGAGAGGGUUGAGAAGGAGAGGAUGCGGCGCCUCAUGGCUGAAGACGAGGAGGGCUACCGGAAGCUCAUCGAUCAGAAGAAGGAUAAGCGACUGGCAUUCCUCUUGUCUCAGACGGACGAAUACAUUAAGAACUUGACGGAUAUGGUUAGACAGCAUAAGGACGAGCAGAAGAGGAAAAAGAGACAGAAACGAAAGGUGAAGAGGAAGAAGAAGACGCCCGAAGAGGCCAACAAAACUGAUGCCAAUUCGACGGCUGACCCCAACAGCUCAUCCCUUUCUGAAGGUCUUUUGGAUGAGUCAUCGCAACACUCGGAUAUCCACGUGAAUGUGAUGGACGCCGAGGGGAACGUCAUCUCUGGCAAAGACGCACCCGUGGCCUCUCAGCUCAAGGCAUGGCUGGACGUACAUCCCGGGUAUGUGGAGGCGCCGCGCGAUGACGACGACGACUAUGAGGAGUAUGAAGAGGAGGAGGACUACGAGGCCAGUGAUGACGAGGAGAGAGCGGAACUCAUAUCGAACGCUAUCGCACAGCAGCUCAGGAGUCCAGACAUUAAGCCCGGAAUGACGGCCUCUGCCGAAGACGACGAGUAUAGCAAAGACAUCGCAGACAAUGUUAACUACUAUAACAUCGCUCAUGGAAUCCGAGAGCAGAUCACAGACCAACCCGGGCUCAUGACUAACGGCAACCUUAAGGCCUAUCAGAUCAAAGGUCUCGAAUGGUUGGUCUCUCUGUAUAACAACAAUCUGAACGGCAUUUUGGCCGAUGAGAUGGGCUUAGGAAAGACCAUACAGACGAUCGCUCUCAUCACUCACCUCAUAGAGCACAAGCGCAACAACGGGCCGUACCUCAUAAUCGUGCCCUUGUCCACGAUGUCCAACUGGAUGCUCGAGUUUGACCGCUGGGCCCCCUCUGUCAUCAAAGUGCCCUAUAAGGGCUCUCCAAAUGUUCGGCGAAUAAUAUCAACGAAUCUGAAGUCAUCGAAAUUCAAUGUAUUGUUGACUACAUAUGAGUACGUAAUCAAAGAUAAGGCAAUUCUGGCAAAACUUCGGUGGAAAUACAUGAUCAUAGACGAGGGGCACCGCAUGAAGAACCAUCACUGCAAACUCACCCAAAUCCUCAACACUCACUACUCGGCACCGCAUCGACUCCUCCUGACGGGCACUCCCCUGCAGAACAAACUGCCCGAACUCUGGGCUCUUCUCAACUUCCUGUUGCCCUCAAUAUUCAAAUGCUGUAAUACUUUUGAGCAGUGGUUUAACGCGCCGUUCGCUACGACCGGCGAAAAGGUUGAGCUCAACGAAGAGGAGACUAUUCUUAUAAUCAGACGAUUGCAUAAAGUGUUGAGACCUUUCCUCCUGAGACGACUCAAGAAGGAGGUGGAGAGUCAACUGCCCGACAAAGUGGAGUAUUGCGUCAAGUGUGACAUGUCUGCACUGCAGCGCCUACUCUACAGACACAUGCAGAGCAAAGGCGUUCUGUUGACCGACGGCUCGGAAAAGGAUAAGAAAGGAAAGGGCGGAACGAGAACUCUGAUGAACUCGAUUAUGCAGUUGAGGAAGAUCUGUAACCAUCCCUUUAUGUUCCAACAAAUUGAAGAGGCGUUUGCCGACCAUUUGGGUCAAGCGGACAAAAUAGUGAGCGGACCCGACCUGUACCGCGCAUCCGGCAAAUUCGAGCUCUUGGACCGCAUUUUGCCAAAACUGAAGCAAACGAGUCAUAGGGUUCUGCUGUUCUGUCAAAUGACAACAGCCAUGACUAUACUCGAAGACUACUUCAACUACCGGGGCUUCACUUACCUGCGACUCGACGGCACCACUAAAGCCGAAGACAGGGGACAACUACUCGAGCUCUUCAACGAAAAGGGAUCCAAUUAUUUCAUAUUUCUGUUGUCCACUCGUGCCGGAGGUUUGGGACUCAAUCUACAGGCGGCGGACACUGUCGUCAUAUUUGACUCGGACUGGAACCCACACCAAGACCUUCAGGCGCAGGACAGGGCCCACAGAAUCGGUCAGAAGAAUGAAGUGAGAGUUUUGCGAUUAGUGACCGUCAACUCAGUCGAGGAACGCAUUCUGGCGGCCGCUAAAUAUAAGCUCAAUUUGGAUGAGAAGGUGAUUCAGGCGGGAAUGUUCGACCAGAAGUCAACCGGAAAUGAACGCAAACAGUUCCUCCAGGCAAUCCUUCAGAACGACGAUCAGGACGAGGAGGAGGACGAGAAUGAAGUUCCCGACGACGAGACCAUCAAUCAGAUGAUUGCCCGAAGCGAAGAGGAGUUCGAGCUCUUCCAGAAGAUGGAUAUCGACCGCCGCAGAGAUGAGGCGCGGAGUAUAAAGCGGAGGCCGAGACUCAUGGAAGAGGACGAACUCCCGGGUUGGCUCAUCAAAGACGACGCAGAGGUGGAGCGGCUGACCAAUGAGGAGGAAGAGGACAAACUGUUUGGUCGCGGGUCUCGACAGCGAAAGGAAGUGGAUUACAGCGACUCUCUCACUGAAAAGCAAUGGCUUAAAGCCAUUGAAGACGGAAAUCUGGACGAACUCGAGACGAGCACCCGACCGACGAAACGGCAGAGAGGGGGCAAAGGGAAGGGCAAGAAGAGGAAGGGCUUAGACUAUGACGACGACGACGAGAAGCCCACGCCGGCCACCAAGAAGAAGAGAGGCAGACCUACGCUCGAGAAACACCCCCCGAAUCCGCCCAAACUGUUGGCCAAAAUGAAGAAACUGUUGAGUUUUGUCAUCAAUUAUGUCGAUUCGGACGAUAGAGUGCUUUCGGAGGCGUUCCUCGAAUUGCCGUCUCGUAAAGAACUGCCCGACUAUUACGAUGUGAUCCGAAAGCCGGUCGACAUUAAGAAGAUAAAGAGUCGGAUCUCGAGUCACAGAUACAGGUGUUUAGACGACUUGCAGGAGGACUUCAUGCAGUUGUGCCGCAACGCGCAGACCUAUAACGUGGAGGGAUCGCUCAUCUAUGAGGACUCCAUUAUGUUGCAGUCCGUCUUCACCAAAGCCCGCGAGAACUUCGAGAAGAACGACGAGUCCUUUGCCGAGGAGGACAACAACAACGACGACGAGGAAGAGGGCGAGGAGGAGGCCGAAGACGAGGAGGACGACGAGGACUCGAACAUGAAAAUGAAGAUCAAAAUGAAGGCAAAGUCAUCGUCGAGUCGAUCAUCGGAACCGUCGACCAGUUCUCGAAACAAACCCCGAAUGGCGCGACAGACCAAACGAUACGUCUCUGACGAGGAAGACUCGGACGAUACGGACGAGUGAAUGCUUUCGUCGCUUCCCUUUUGGACAACAUUUUCAUAUAACAUAUAAUA